AAGAGCAUCAUGGCCGCCUGUGUUGUCAAGUGAAGCCAACAAUUUGUCACACAUUUGAAUAUUGGUUAAUGCCGUUGAAAAAGCGCUGACAAGGAAGUUUUAAGGACUAAUUAUCAGUACUGGAAUAAUUUACAAAAAUGAUGAUGUGAUAUUCACAAUGGAAGGAAAGGAUGCCUCGACCUCGCUGGCAGAUGACUUGAAAGAACUAAAUCUUGAAAGACCUGUCACCAAGGCUUUAAAGUCCACAGAAGAGUUAGAGCAGCUAACAGUCGAUGAAAAGCUUAGUGAUAUCGAGAGAGCAGUCUACUUGCUCAGUUCUGGCCAGGAGGUUCAGCGCAUCAGCGUUAUCAACAACCUUCCCGACCUCCUACGUGACAGCCAUGCUGACUGUAUGCGAAGGGUUGUACCCAAAGUCAGGGAGGUGCUGCAUGUGGCCCAGGCGGACAUGCAGUUUGCGGCAUCCUCAGCGUUCAUCCAGAUACUACGUAAGGACCUGGUGCCCGUACAGAACUACGCCUCAACCUUCCUGCAGACCAUCCUGUCCAGUGUGGACAACAAGGACCCAGAAAUAGCCACUGCCUGGUUGGAAACCUUGCUAGAUGUUAUAGAUCUACUUCCGAAAGAAAUCAUAAAAAAAGAGAUCCUCACAAUUGCAAUAGAGAAAGGGCAGCUAUCACAACCCGUUCAGACUCGACUUUCCUGCUGUAGAAUCCUGGGCAAGAUAGCCACCCGCUUUGAACCUUUUGUGAUCAAGAAGGAAAUCCUGCCGAUCGUGCAGUCACUGUGUCAAGACGUGGAGUAUGAAGUGCGGGGCUGUAUGUGUCUACAGCUUGACCCUGUGGCUCGGGGACUUGGCCUUGAGGCCACUAAAAGUGCAAUACUACCUGAGCUGGUGGAGUUGACCAAUGACGAGGAGAGCUUUGUGCGUAUAGCAGGCAUGCAGACUGUGGUCAGCAUCCUGGGACUGGUGGACGAAGACACGUGUAGGGCCACUCUGAUCCCGCUGGUGUGCAAGUUCUGUCAGGGGGCCUUAAAGUCAGAGGACGUGACCUUGCCAGUGGUUGCCAAGGAGAUGGGGCGCCUCUGUCAUGGCUUCACAAAGUAUCUGACGGAGGAACAGACUCAGUGGUUUGUGGAUUUCUUCAAGCAGAUGUGCAGGGUGGGACUGUCGGAGAACAAGCAGAACAAGAACAAGGAUACUGAGAAGGACUCGCCUUCCAAGGAUCAGCAGGUUCCCAUGUUGCCUGACAUUUUGGAACUAGAGGAGCGGCUGAUAGAGACUCGGAAAAACUGUGCAUUUAACUUCCCGGCAAUGGUACUGUUUGUUGGUGCAAAAUCAUUCAAGUCAGAGUUGGGGACGUGUUUCUCCCAUCUGUGUAAAGACCCAAAUGUGGAAGUUCGUAAAAGUCUGUCAGCAGGCUUUCAUGAGAUUGCCAACCUGCUGGGCUCGCACGUGUCCAGCCUGCUCAGUGACCUCAUCGUGCUGCUCAAGGACGAGAACACAGAGGUCCUGAAGGGGGUCGUCACCCACCUCCCCGACACAAUCACCACCAUAUGUGGGCCCUUGACUCAGCAGGCCAUGCACGAGGUCAAGCAAAACCAGAUAUCGGACAUUAUCCCUGCAAUAUUAUCAGCGGAGAUUGUGAUAGCAGCGUCCAAUGACUGGCGCCUACAGGAGACUAUCGUGGAGCAUUUCCGCUGCUUCCAGUACCUCACAAAUAGUGACAACAUCUUCAAUAAAAUCAUUCCAGUAUUAUUCAAUAAACUCAGGAGAGCUAGGGCAUUACCAGUGAGAUUAGCUGCCGCCCACUCUACGCUGCAUCUCAUCCGGAGCCUCAAGCGGAUGGAGCACCGUGGGGAGCUCCUAAAGGCCCUCGUGUCAGAGUUUUGUCAUAGUCGAAGCUGUAGAGAUCGCAGUUUGUUUAUAGACAUAUGUAAAGUGACAAUAGAAUAUUACUCCAAGGCAUUUUUCAAAGAGACUUUCUUUGAGUAUCUUGUGAGCUUGCAUACGGACCCAAUUCCGAAUAUUCGCUACAGAUUGUGUUCAGUGUUGCCGGAUUUAAAACGAUUGAUAAAGUUGCCGAGUGAUAAGACUUUGCAUCAGUCGUUGGAUGGCUGUGUUCGGAGGUUGUUAAUCGGGGAGAAAGACCGGGAUGUGCUCCAGGCUGUGAAAACUGCUGUCGAAGAAAUGGAUAAAAUACCAGUGCAGAUGGAAUCUGCUUUGACUCGAAGAAUUCUGAUGGAGGAAGAUAUUGAAGAUCAGAAAAAAGAAGCAGAAGAGAAAAGACUCAUUGAAAUGGAGGAGAAGGAGAUGAAGAAGGAAGAGGAGGCAGCCAAAGCGAAGGCUGAAAAGAAGGGGCUCAAGGACAACGCCUCCAGAAUACCCGGCCCCAAAAAGGGGAAGUCUCCUGGUGGGAAGGCAGAACAGGGAAGUGCUGCAGUUAAGGGCACUCCAAGCACUGCCUCCACAACCUCAACCUCAUCCAUUACCACCAAAGGUCAACAAGUAGAGACGUUCUACCAGUACCUGCAUGAUGUGGCCAUCCCCAGUCUAGCAGACAUGGCUAUUUCCGACCACGAGUAUUUAACACCUUUCUCCAAUCACUUCCUGCUUGGGCCUUGGAGACUAAGACAACUAAGGGUGGCAAAAGGCUCAUGCUAUGAAGGCGCCGAGAAAAUAUUCGAGAGAUUCCAAAUCUACAACGUUCAAUGUUCCAACGAGUAUUCAGUUAAGACCCAAGACACCGGCAAUUACAACAUGACAUGGAGUAAGUCUUUACCCGAGAAUUCGUCGCUUGAGUCACCGUGGAUACACCAGUCAGCAUGGCAACUGAAGACGCUACCUACCGUUGGAAAACGGGCAACUUACUCGGGUGGGGGAUAUGUAGUCCUUCUACCUCAAGAAUCCGAUCUUCAACCAGGAAUCAUUCAAGACAUGUGGAACUCGGACUGGAUAGACGAGUACACCCGAGCAGUCCUGCUGGAAUUCACAGUGUACAAUCAAAAUGCAAACCUUUUCACGGCGGCUGUGAUCAUGUUCGAGUACCUGAACACUGGCGAAGUCGUACCAUCCCAUCAGUUCCAUUCCACAAAGCUGUUCCAUUAUUCUACGGAUUUUAGUAUAUUCGUUGCUAUGUGUGAAGUGCUCUUAUUUGCCUUUAACGUAGCAUUUGCGUACAUCGAGUGGAAAAGGUUUAAAGUUCUUGGCAAAAGAGCCUAUUUCAGCGAUAUUUGGUCUUACGUUGAAAUAAUACAAAUUUCCUUGUCUUAUUCUGUCAUUGGACUGUUUUUCCAACGAAUGGUUUCAGUGAACAGCGUGAUAGAUGAUUACAGGGCUAGUAAUGUGUCAUCGUUCAUCAGUUUUCAAACAGCAUUAUUCUGGGAUUCAGUCCUUGUUUACCUGAUGGCCUUUUUGGUGGGCCUUGUCACCCUGAAAUCGAUAAAGCUGCUUCGUUUUAACAAGAGGACAUUCAUGAUAAUGGACACUGUAAAGCAAUCAAAAGGCAUGCUACUCAGUUUCAUGUUCAUGGCAUGUGUAUUUGUAAUUGGGUUCGGGCAUUUCUGCUAUCUGGCUUUUGGAAAGGUUCUGUCUGAUUAUAGAAGUUUCCUCAGAAGUGUCAUUGCAAUCUUCAACUUUGCCCUUGGAACUUCGGACUUUCCAGGAAUCGAGCAAGCACACAGGGUGUUGGGACCAAUCUUCUUUGUUGGAUUUGUGUUUAUCGUAAGCUUCUGCUUCAUGACUGUGUUUGCAGCCAUUCUCGAUUUCGGAAUCAACGAGUCAAAGGCCCUGUUCAUGAAAAGACGCAACAAAAUUGAGCUUCUAGAGUAUAUCAUCGGGAAAUUUAAAACUAUUGCUGAUAAGAAUUAAUUACAAGAGUAUAUAAGUUUUACAUGAAUGGCAUUAUAAAAUAAAGUGUUUGAGGAUUCAUACAAAUAUAAAUAUAUAUAGUUAUUGAUCUAAACUAUUACCUCUUUGUAUAUGUUGUUGUUAGUUCCAUAGUCUGUUUGUUUAAUAUGAUGUUGAUAGCAUUUGCUUAAUAUUUCGUUGUUGAUAGAAAUUGCUUUAUAUUUAACUGUUGUAUGUCAGGACAAUGCUUUAGCAGAAACGGAUCAGGGAUUAUCAGGUAUAUUCUGUGUGUGUCCCAUAUAUAAAUGAUCUUUUAGCCUGAUUUAUUGUAUUAACGCUGUUGUUUAAGAACUUAACUGUGAUAAUCUAUCAUUUCCUUUUACUGUUAUUUAAUCUAUUAAUAUUUCUCAUAACUGUUAAAACAGUUGUAGCUUAGACAUUGUGUAUUUUGUUUUAUAAUACAUCUUUGUAUGCACCAA